AUGUUAGUCGGGCUGAAAACUGUACAACGACUGCAUAGGGGAAUCCUGUGGGGACGAUACAGUAUACGACCUUUGAAUGUAGCUGAUCAAAGGUCAUUUCACGCGUUUGACACACUCAAAUUUGUUCGUGGACUCGAGGCGGCCGGAUGGACGCCUGUAGAAGCUAAUAGUAUUAUGAGGACAGUGCACGAUGUUUUCACGAAAACAAACGAAAGGAAUGCAAGACAGUUUGUGAGCAGAGAACAGCAAGAGCGUGCGAUUUACCAGCAGAAAGUAGACUUUGCACAUCUUAGAAGCGAUCUGCAAAGCAUUGAACGAGAAGAAAUGACCGUGUUGCACACAGAGCUGGAGCGACUUUCGACAGAUGUAGAACGUUUGCGUACAUCCUUCGAAGACCGGAUCCAUACGCUGCUUGCAGAUGCAAGGCUGAAGAUGCUCACUGAACGCAUCCACAACCGAGACGAAGCUUCUGCCCAAGACCUCGAAGUGCGAGAAGUAUCUGCUCGAGUGCAUACAGAGGCUUCUCACUUGCGUAUGCAAUUCGCCAGCUUAAAAAGCCAGACGCUUCAAUGGCUGCUAGGAAUUAUUACCGGUUCUGGAGCACUGCUUCUCGCGUAUCUCAGACUUCUGCUGUAG